AUGCCUUUGAACACGUGUGCUGCUUCGGAGCUCUCAUGCUGGUGGUCCUCGCCGAACAGGCCCAUCUCUCAGAGUCUGCGGCUUUGGAGUACUCAUUUUGGUGGUGCUCACCGGACAGGCCCCUAUUUCAGAGACUGCAGGCAAGAGCCAGCAGAUCACCCCAUGGCUCUCUCAUCCCAUCCCCCUCCGUCUGUGAUUUCUUCCUUCCAGGCAUCUGAGUGCCUGUCCUCUGGUGAGCUGGGGAGCCUCAAGGACCCAAAACUGGAUGCCCCUGCAGAUGCGGUGCUGCGUGUAGCGCAGCUCGCCCUCUCCUGCACUGGGGAGCGCACUGCAGGGCGCCCAAGCAUGGCACAAAUUGCCAAUGAGUUGCAGGCUAUCCGGGACGAAGUGGUGGGGAAGGAGGAGCUGAGUGCGGCUGUCAAGGUGGAUAAUCAGGUUCAGGAGAUGAAGGAUGCUUUCGCGGGUAUUGAGAGCCUCGACGCAGAAAUCCAGAUGAUCGGGGACAGCUUUGCUGAAGGAAACCCGGUGUAA